ACCUGCUACCAUUCGUAAAACUCCACUAAACAAACACACAUACAGUGUCCGUAAAUUUUAUCCUUUACAAAUUCUAGCAUUAUAUGAUCGAAAUGGAGAGUAGCAGUGAAGGAGUAGAAUUACAGCCAUCUGUACAGGAUUUAAUUAACAAAAUUUGCGCAGAAAAAUGUGUGAGUCCACCGGAUGUUUCGGCGAGGCUAAAACUUUCACAAAUCACUGAAGCAGCAGCGGUCGAUAUAUUGAAUGCAAUAUAUCGGUCUACAAAGACUAUUCGUACUUUUUCUGGUUUCAUAAUUCACCUAAUUAAAAAUCAGAAUUUACCGCUCAAACGAUCUUCACCGACUUCUUUCGAUGCCGGAACUCCCACCAAAUCUCAAUGUAUACGCCCCGUAUCUCCGAAUUCCACUCAGUGUGCACUCUCACCUGGUUCUAGUUUCAAGUCUACAACCAUUCCUGAUUACUUUCUGCCGGGAACUCCGAACUACGGUUAUGCUUCUGUGGGUUCGAAGCUAACAACAUCAUUUCCAUGUUUGGAUUCGAAGAAUGCGAAUUCUAACACCCCGACUUGUUAUCAGGGUGAAUCUAUAAAGUCCUCGUUUCGUAUCCAAAAACAACUAAAUUUCUCACCGGGAUGUCGUACAGGUGAUGGAAAUGGAAAUUAUAGUAGGCUAAGGCAACCCGUGUUUGGCUCUUCAAAAGUCAGCCAUCAAUUUUCUGCUGUGCAAAACCAACUUAUGCUAACACCAUGUUCCAGCUCAAAGGAUACAAGCCCUAAGCACUUUUCUGAAUUUUCAAGUGCUACCCACAAUGAUUGUCGGGUUCAAUUGCAACAUGAUUUAUCACCUUCUGAGAGUCUUGAAGGUGCCAUUUGUGAAGAUAUUGAACCACACGUUGGUUCUAUUACUCCUAAUCAUUCAGAUGGUACACACAGUGCAACAAGUCACCAGGCACUGUCCACGUUAGCACCGAGUUCUAGUUCAAAAGAUGCAAGUCCUACGCACUUUUCUAAUUUUUCCGGUGCCACCCAUAAGGAUUCUCAAAUUGAAUUGCAACAUACUUUACCAUCUAUUGACAGCCUUGAAGGGGCCACUCGUGGCAAUAUUGAACCGCAGAUUGGUCCUAUGACUCCUACCCUUUCGGAUGUUACCCUCAGUAAUCUAAAAACUAGUCAUCAGAGAUAUCUCCUUGCAGAACUUGAAUUCAGGAAGAUGUUCAUGGUUUAUAGUUACGUUGGGAGGAACAAACUUGAAGAUGUGGUCUCUGUAUAUGAUGCCAUUGAAAUCAAAGACUCAAUGAAAAAUAUGCCAAUGUAUAAUUUUGAAGCCAUAAUCUGGGCCAAGUAUGGUCAGAAGUGUUGCGAACCUUCUGACAGGGCAAUGCAUUAUGAUUGGGAUUCUGGAAAGACCUAUCUUUAUUAUUGCUUCGUGAGUGCUGAUGGAACUUGCCAGUUCAAGGGACCGUAUCUUAAUACAAGAAGAACUCAUCUCCAAAGGGAACUUGGAGAUGACAACGUGUUGAUUGUCCAAUUUAUAGAUGAUCAGGAGACGUCAGACAUGCCAUCCAAUCAUUGUAACUGGAGUGCAGCUUAUCAGCGGAUUGCUGAGGGAAUUACAGUCGGUUUGCGUAUUUAUCGUCUUUUUGCAUUUAAAGAUGUUAGAGCAGACAAGAAUAAUCUCAAAGCACAAAGUACAAAGAAAUCGAGGUCAUCAUGGGCUGUCAAGUGCUAUUUCAUUAGGAAUGGUUCUGAUGCGCCCUGGAUGGAGACAGACUCUUGCAUUUUGCUCAAGAAGACAAUCCACGAGGCAAGGUGUCUAUUCAUGCAUGUGCAUAUGGUCACUAGCAUGGCUAAAUACAUCUCCAGAUGUUCACUUGCCCUAUCAAAUACUAUAAAGCUUCAUGUUGAUCUUGCUUCUGUGCAUGUUGAAAGAAUUGAAGACAUCCCUUGUCGUGAUGAUAAUGGAGAUGUUGUUUUUAAUGAAUCCCGGGAGCCACUGAUUCAUACAGAUGGAACAGGUUUCAUUUCAGAAGAUUUGGCGUUGAUGUGUGCAAAAGAUUUUACUAAAGCGGGAGGCACAAAGGAUGAGAAUUUUGAGCUCGAGGAAGAAUCACAGGGAUUGAAAAGCAAAGAAUUUUGCAUGGGAGAACGGCCAUUGCUUGUCCAAUGCCGCUUGUUCAAAGAAGGUUAUGCUGUCAAGGGAACUCUUCUGGUUAAUAAAAAGCUUAAAGCCCGAACGAUUCAAAUCAGACCCUCGAUGAUAAAGGUUGAAAAAGAUACAAGUCUUUCUGACUCAACUCCGUUUAGUUCCUUGGAGAUAAAUUCCAUAAGUCGUCAACCAAGAAAAGCCAACCUAUCAAAGAACUUGAUCGCACUUUUAACCGUUGGGGGUGUUCCAGAAGAUUACUUUUUUAGUUUACUGGAUAAGGCAUUGGAAGAUGCCCAAAAAGUAUCCACAAAGGACCGUGCAGCCAUUAGAGUUGCUCUUAAAUACGGGCAAAUGGAUGACUCUUCAACUUCUGUAGCAAUGAUUGGGUCUGGAAUUCCAAUAGAUGAACCAUACCUUCAAUAUCGUUUGUCUAUCUUAGCAAACGAAGAGCUGAAGGGGCUGCGUGGCGGAAAAAUUCCGAUCAAUGAAAGCUUCUAUCUGAUAGGGACCGCUGAUCCCACGGGAACCUUGAACAGCGAUGAAGUUUGUGUUAUUCUUGAAAGCGGCCCGAUAUCAGGACCGGUUCUGGUCUAUAGGAAUCCAGGUAUUCAUUUUGGGGACAUACACAUUUUAAAUGCGAAGUAUGUCAAGGAGCUGGAAGAGUAUGUUGGGAAUGCUAAAUAUGGCAUUUUCUUCUCCACCAAGGGGAGGAGAUCAGUGGGUAGUGAAAUCGCAAAUGGUGAUUUUGAUGGAGAUAUCUACUGGGUCUCUCGAAGCCCACAGCUAUUGCAAUACUUUAAAGUGAGUAAGCCGUGGGAAAGGAUUAACUCAACGCCAAGUGCACCUAGCAAGAAACCUAGUGAAUUCUCCUAUGACGACCUGGAGACUGAGCUUUGCACUCUACUUUUUGCUACACAAAAGCAGAGUAUUGUAGCUGGUAAAGCAGCUGAUAGUUGGCUGACCUUUAUGGAUCAAUAUCUGACGUUGGGAGAAGAUGAUGCGGAUGAAAAGAACCGGCUUAAGGAAAAAAUGUUGAAGUUGGUUGAUUUGUAUUAUGAUGCUCUAGAUGCACCAAAAAGUGGGAAAAUGGUCGAUAUUCCUACAUCUUUAUUACCCCCAAAAUAUCCCCAUUUUCUUGAAAAGAAAUCCAAGACAUUUCAAUCUUCUUCAGUUCUUGGAAAAAUCUAUGAUAAGGUGAAGGCAUAUCGUCCUGAUAAUGCAUCAAUUCAAGGAAUACCGAAACAUCCCAUCUUCAAUGUCGAUAUACCAGAUGCCUCCUUAAAUUUAUGGAAGGACAGAUACAAUUCCUACAAGAGAGAAAUGGUAGAGGCCUUGCAAUGUGGAGAUGAAUCCAAAAACGAUUCUGCAAACAUGGUGAUCAAAAGAUAUAAGCAGAUAUUAUACGAGUCUGAAAGUUUUGCAACAAGUGCUAGAAAUAUUGAUGAUAUAUAUAAUGAAGCCCUGGCGAUUUAUCAUGCAAGUUACAACCAAGCUCAGAAAUACGGAGAUGUUAAAAAGUGUGGGUUUGCAUGGAAGGUGGCUGGUGAGGCCCUCUGUUCGUUUAAUGCAAUGAAGAUUUCGGGAAAGUCGAUUCCUUUCAACUUAAAUGUAUUAUCAAAGUUAUUUUAGAAGUAAAUGUAUGCAUACGUCAUACAUGGUGAUGUAUGCAUAUAUGUAUGUGACAUGUGUCUUUAUCCAGAGUAAUUGUAAACUUUGAGUCCUUGUAUAGCUAGCCAAUAUCGUUGUAUUUAUAGGAUUGGUGUUCAAUGUGAUAAUGUACGAACUUUGUAGCUAUAAAUGUUUUUCUUCUUGAUA